AUGAGUUACUGUCAAACGUAUAACAAGUCCAUUGCCACAGGGCAUGGAACUCUUAUAGGGAACUGGCUGGAAGAAGAAGUCCUCCGUGAUGCUUCCGGCCACACUCAUCUAGACAGCUCUCCUCAUUUGGACACAUUCAAGCGGGUUAUGGGCGAUCGGUCGUACCCAGCGUCAGAAACAUUCAUUACCAGUGCAGGGCGCCGUGAUCACCCGCAAGCUCGACAGUUACACGAACAGCUCGCGAGGACGCCGCAUGCACCUACCUGCCGCCGAAUAGAAGAAUUGACCGCUCACGUACGCGAAAGCUGUAUGUUCCGUGCAAAGGCACUCGAUGCAGAAGCACUAGAGAUUGCCCUCAAAGAGCGAAAUGUACACAGAGUAAGUGUUCAAGCUGCGACGUGCGUGGAGCAAUUUCAGGAUGCCCUUGAGCAAACUACCGUGGAGGAGUGCGCGAAGGAGACCGAAUCUUCUGGGUCUAGCAGUGAAUCCACGAAGCUCAUGACACCAGAAGAUAAGGCAAAUCGCUAUUUUGAACAGAUGCUCAACGCCAGACCUCAAGAAAACACGGAAUUCGUUAGCCGUUGGACAGAACUGGCCAGCGCUCCAAGGUUGCAUACAAUUGAUGCUCACCAAGGUUUUUACAAUUCUGCCGCAGGGACGCUGCAAGGACAGAGAGUGUCUAGCGCCUGUAGAAGAAGCGCGGAAAAACAAGGGCGCCUUUUGCCCGGCUUCAACGCAAGUAUGGAUUUUGGACUUUUAGCUGUCAUCACGGCUCCGUGGGAAGGCUAA